AAGAAAGGGACAAAAACAAAGUCCACAGACACAAGUAGAAGUACAUUCGUUAACCCCAUAAUAUCCCAUAGUACCAAAAACCUUCUUCUCUCUAAGCCGCCGCUCACCUUCAGACCAAACCCACACCCCACGCCACCGCCAUCUCCCACUGGUAAGAAAUGGUGAAGCACAACAAUGUUAUCCCUAAUGGGCAUUUUAAAAAGCAUUGGCAGAACUACGUAAAGACAUGGUUCAAUCAACCAGCUCGGAAAGAGAGAAGAAGAAUUGCUCGCCAGAAGAAGGCUGUCAAAAUUUUCCCCCGCCCAACUACUGGAAAACUCCGUCCUAUUGUACAUGGGCAGACACUGAAGUACAAUAUGAAAGUGAGAUCUGGGAGGGGCUUUUCUUUGGAAGAAUUAAAGGCUGCAGGUAUUCCCAAGAAGUAUGCACAGUCCAUUGGGAUUGCAGUUGAUCAUCGCAGAAGGAAUCGUUCUUUGGAGGGUCUUCAGGUUAAUGUGCAGAGGCUGAAGACAUUUAAGGCCAAAUUGGUUGUCUUCCCAAGGCGUGUUGGCAAAUUUAAGGCUGGUGAUUCUGCACCUGAGGAACUUGCAUCUGCCACACAGGUCCAAGGCCCAUACUUGCCCAUUGUACGUGAGAAGCCAUCUGUGGAGCUUGUGAAGGUUACUGAAGAAAUGAAAUCAUUCAAGGCAUAUGACAAACUCCGUCUUGAGCGGAUGAACGUCCGUCAUGUUGGUGCCAGGCAGAAGAAAGCAGCAGAGGCUGAGAAGGAAGACAAGAAGUAAUUGGUUUAGUAACAUCGAGAGCACCCUACAUAUUUUUGGAUGUUGACGAGUCUUUCAUUUUUGAUUUGAGCCAUUCAUCUUAUGAACAUGGGUAUGGGUACUUUUAAUCUAGGUUUUAUGAAUUUUGUGGUUUGCAUGGAUAUGUUGAUCUUUAUUCGGUUUUGGUUUUGGUACCUUUGUUAGAAUGAGUAUAUUUUGGAGCUCUGCAGCUAUAGCACUAUGGACCAAUAAUUGAUAUUUAUAGGUUUUUUACAUUGGUAUAA